UUUGAAUAAUGACGACAUUUCUAGUCGAUAGGGUAAUUUCGUUAUUACUCAGCAUUCUUAAUCUACUGUUUUUAUGCGGCAUUGUUAUAUGUUCUAAUUCUAUCUUAACUGGACGUCUAAAAUCGUCUGUAUUUGAAGAAUCGUCUUUUGAAAUUUCACUGAAUUUCAGUGACUGAAAAGGAUUUUACUCAUUUUAUUUCAUCAAACGGUAUUUUGGGCAAACGAAUUUAUGUUGUAAUGGCAAAUGAAGAUGGGGAAAUCAAGACAAAGCUCUGUCCCAGUUGCAAACAAGAUGUUCCCGUCCAAAAUUUUGAAAUGCAUUCCAUUCAUUGCAAGCGUUUCCUAGUACCUUGUCCGCAUUGUGGAGACUCGGUGAACAAGAAUGAUCUUGAGGAGCAUAUUGAGGAGAACCAUGUGAAGGUUCAAUGUGAUGUGUGCCAAGAGAGUGUGGAGAAAAUGGAUCUUGAUCAGCAUAAGAUUUCACGAUGUAAGAAACGCAAAGUUAACUGUAAAUACUGCGAGAUUUCUCUUCUCGCUCUGGAGAUUGAAGAGCAUCAGGAAGCUUGCGGUAGCCGAACAGAGGAAUGUGAAAUUUGCAAAAGAAGAAUUCUAGUUAAAGACUUGGAGCAACAUGCAUUAUCAGGCUGCAAACACCCGCCACUAAUCAAUGGUAGCGUUAAGAGAAACAUCGCUGAAAGAUCAAAAUCACCAGAACGAGUUUUCGACGAUACAAUUUACAGUCCAUAUUUUUCAUCUGGAUUUCAACCUCAUCCACGUUUUUUAGAAAGUGCAACAUAUUCAAAUAAUACGUACGAUAAUCCGUAUUUUUCUUCCGCCAAUGGCGAAGAACUCGUUAGCGAUUUUGAAAGUUCCAACCAAAUGAAAAGUACGAUUGAAGAGAGAACUCGUGCAAAUAGAUCACCCGUAUUUCGCCCCGAGGCUUCGUCAAACCAAGGAAAUAGAUCUUUGCAUGAUACCACAUACAGUAUGGCUAGUGAAGCGCAUAGCACGAAAACUGAAGAUGCCUGGAAUAGGUAUAGUGAUUAUCAAGUCGAAAGGUGUGGAUUCUCUAGCUCAGAUUCUGACAGCGAUGAAAAUCCAGUACGUCCUGAUCUAACAGACGACACGAUGUUGCCCUGUGAAUUUUGUCACGAAUUGUUCCCAGCAGAUUCCUUGAUUUUACAUCAGCCAAUGUGUGACCUGGUUUCUGAAACACCUCGACCUCCAUCACCACCGAAAUUGAAGCGAUUGUCGCUCGAACCUUUUCAAUACAGCACAUCGGCACACGGUGAACUGCAAGAGAACUCUGAUCAUUUUUUUGAACAGACUAGUCCAGGACUCGACGAAAACUUCGCUCCUUGUGAAUUUUGCUCAGAGUCAAUUGUUUUGGCUCAUCUUGCCAUGCAUCAGGUUACCUGCCCAGAAAACCCAAACGUUCAAAGAUAUCCGCAUGCUAACCCGGUUCUAUCCAUAAAUCACACAUUGCUCGAUGCUCAAAGACCUCCUGCAACUGGGCGGACUCUUGUAUCCCACGAUAAUGCUCGAUCUCGAGAAUCUCAAGCCUUGGACGCUUCUGAGCUUCUGCGUUCAGCCCCAAAGAAUGAAAAUCAAGAGGAAAAGACGACGUCUAGUUCCACAGCACCUGGUAAACAAAGAAAACCGCAGAAGCGAAUGCUUGCAGCAAACUUUCACUCCCAAAGGUCACCCCUACCCACAAAUGGUUUGGUUAAAACUUCAUCUUUCACCAACUCUGAUCAGCAUGAAAAGCCCACGACGGAAAGCGAGUCAAAAGCGCCGUUUCGGCGGCAUAUGAAACAAUCUCCGAGCAAACCGAUUUCGAAGGUAAAUAACUUCCCCCAAAGAUUUCGAGAAGUAAAUGUUUUAGGCGGUGAGAGUCGAGAGAACACGAGUCUUUAUACAUCGGAAUUUCCGCAAAAUAGCUCAUUUUCUGAUUCGCACGUUGAUCGUCGUUUUCAUUCGAAGUCUUUUGGCCAAAGUUUUACCUUUGGCGAUUCAUCAGUUAACAAUACAUCAUCCUUACAUGGGGCAGCGACUCGCACACGAAGCUUACACUCGUUGCAUGGCCAAACUAUUACCGCUGGCAACUCAUCAGUUUCUGGUACAUUCCAGCAUAUAACAGCAACUCAGUCACAAAGCUUUCGCUUUUCGCGUAGACAGAGCUUCACAAGAGGUGGUGCUCCUUUUAUGAGCAUGAGAUACAACGAGCGUUCAAGACAACCUUUUUCGCCUACCUAUGUUCAACCUCAAAAUCGUCCCUGCAACGUCGACUUGAACGGCCAAUUGCUAGAAACACGAAAUCCAAGGCCUCGUUUCUCAGCUCGAGGUGGUUCAUUACAUCGUGGUCGACGACAAAAUAAUAGACCGCGUUUUAACUCGGGAAGAGAUGGUUCGACCAAGCAACAGCAUCGAAUGCAUCCGCCAAGCAGCAACUGACUCGAAUAGAUUUAGUUUUAAAUUUAGAAUAAAAUAGAUUUAAUGUGUAUGGAUUAUUCCUUUAUGUUAAGUAUUUUUUUAGUAUAAGUUUGACUGACAAAAUUCAUUUUAGCAUAAAUUUUCACUUUUUUUGAAUAAUAUUGUUGAUUUCAAAGACCAUAAAUCGUAUAUACAAACAAA